AUGUCAUGGAACAAAAUGAACGUCUUCCAUUGGCAUUUUCUUGAUGCGACGUCAUUCCCAUACGCUUCCCAAGCAUAUCCGCAAUUAGCGAACAAGGGAGCUUACAGUUCUGCACAUCAGUACACAAAUGAUGAUAUUCGCAACCUGGUACAGUAUGCGAAAGAGCGUGGAGUGCGUGUCAUACCUGAACUUGAAGCUCCUGGACACAGUACUUCUUGGGCGUACGGAAUUCCUGAGAUUGUAUCGUGCGUCAACAAGGUUCCUUACACAGGGUUUACCGUUCAACCACCAAGUGGCCAAUUAAACAUUGCCAACAACAAGACCAAAGAAGUUGUCAAUACCAUCAUAGAUGAGUUAUCUGAAUUGUUUCCUGACUCGUGGUUCCAUGCAUCCGGUGACGAAGUAAUCAUGAACUGUUGGACAAACGACACUCAGAUCGUAUCAUAUCUGGCAGAAAGGAAUAUGACCAUUAUGGAACUCUUUCGACGUUUUGUCGUCGAUAUGCAGAAUCAUAUUCGUUCUCGCCAUAAGACUGUAAUGGUUUGGCAGGAAAUGUUGCUAGAAUAUAAUUUUACUCUGCCGGCAGAUACGAUAGUGCAGAUUUGGAUCGGUUCUUCUGGAGUAAAAGCUGCAACUGAAAAAGGAUACAAGACCGUUGUUUCCUCGAGUGAUUAUUGGUAUUUAGAUACUGGUUAUGGUAAACCACGAAGCAAUCCUUAUUCGAAUGUGCCCGGAGCAGGUUACAAUCAUUGGAAUAGAGUUUAUUCUUAUGAUAUAAGAGCGAAUCUAACCGAAGAAGAAGCAAAUUUGAUUCAGGGAGGAGAAGUUUGCAUGUGGAGUGAACUGGCCGAUAGGACUAAUUUUGAAGGAAAAAUUUGGCCACGAGCAGCAGCAGCUGCUGAACGAUUAUGGUCAGGUUAUGAAACGCCCACUGGUGACACGAUUGCGAGUGAUGAUGCUAUUCUUCGACUAUUGCCAUGGCGUGAGCUUAUGGUUCUUCGAGGUACAAUGGCGUCGCCUCUCAAUCAAGGCUUCUGCACUCGUAAUCCACUUGACUGCUUCCAAACCUGA